GGGAGUCCGUCGCUCCGUCCGGCCAGCGCAGAAACAGAGUACUAGCUAGGCGCUUUCCGCCGGCGCUGGGGCAAGGGAAACUUACCGAGAGACUGGAGAGAAGGGGAGCCGGAGGGAGGGAAGAAAAAGCAGCUAGGUCCUCCCCCCAGUUUGACUGUUUCUUCAUUCCACGUUUUUUCUUUUUUUUGGUUUUGUUUUGUUUUAUAACUUAAUUUCUCCAGAAUCGUUUUUUUUUUUAAAGAGAGAAAAGCGCAUUGCCUUCUCUUCCCUCUCCGGGCUGAAGCAGCGGCAGCCGCAGGAUCUUCCUUUAUGUGGUGCCUCCCGGAGCCCCCCUCGCUCUUCUCCAAGUCCCCCGUUUUCCUCUCCCUCCUUUUUAAAUGUAUAACUUAAUGGGUCUCAACAGCACCGCGGCCGCCGGGCAGCCCAAUGUGUCCUGCACAUGCAACUGCAAAAGGUCUUUGUUCCAGAGCAUGGAGAUCACGGAAUUGGAGUUUGUGCAGAUAAUCAUCAUCGUGGUGGUUAUGAUGGUGAUGGUGGUGGUGAUCACGUGCCUGUUGAAUCAUUAUAAGCUCUCUGCCCGCUCCUUCAUCCACCGGCACAGCCAAGGGCGGAGAAGAGAAGAGAACCUGUCUUCGGAAGGAAGUCUGUGGCCUUCAGAAAGCACAGUGUCAGGCAAUGGACUCACAGAGCAGCAGAUCUACGCACCAUCACGCUCAGCAGACCGCCUGACGGUACCAUCCUUCCUCCAGAGGGACCGAUUCAACCGCUUUCAGCCCACCUAUCCUUAUUUGCAGCACGAGAUCGACCUCCCACCCACCAUCUCCCUCUCGGAUGGAGAGGAGCCGCCCCCAUACCAGGGCCCAUGCACACUUCAGCUCCGGGACCCAGAGCAGCAGAUGGAACUCAACCGUGAGUCUGUCCGGGCCCCCCCUAACAGAACCAUAUUUGACAGUGACUUAAUAGACAAUUCCAUGUACGGGGGGCCCUGCCCUCCAAGCAGUAACUCUGGCAUCAGUGCCACGUGCUACGGGAGCAACGGGAGGAUGGAAGGACCGCCACCGACGUACAACGAAGUGAUCGGCCACUAUCCUGGGUCAACAUUUUACCAACACCAGCAGAACAAUGGGACGCCCUCCAUACUGGAGAACAACAGACUUCACCAGUCACAAAUCAGUAGCCUCGAGAGCACAAUUGCAUGGAACAAAGAGAAAGAGAAGCAAAAAGGACACCCCUUUUAAAAUCCAAGAGAAGGAAAUACACACACACACAUACAGAAAAAAAAAGUAAA